UAUCCGCCCGCUCUCCCUCCCCUGCGCCCGCGAGGCCGCGGUGCUCCGGCCGGCCGCCCUCGGGCCGCUCCGGUGGGGCAGAGCGGGUGGCUGGGCCCCGCUAGCCGGAAGAGGAAGCGCAGACUCGGAUUGCGAGGCCGCCAACGUUCGCUAGGCGCCCCUGAACGCUGGCUGCUGCCCGCUCGGACUCGCACGUCCGUUAUCUUGAUAGAGCCUGGCUCGGGUUGGGAUGCCGGGGACGGUCCGGGCUUACGGAGGAGGAAACGGAAGUCUGCCGAGGCGAAGGGGUUCGCCUGAGGAUUGGAUGGUGAGAAAAGGAAAGAUUCCUGUGAGAAGAGAUCAGGAUGAACGGAGAGAUCUGUGUUUAAAGUUGGGCCAGGUGAAAAUGAUCUCUUUGAAAGUAGAGAUCUGAGCAGAUGAAAAUACAACCAGGAAAAUGCAACAUGGCAGCAGCAAUGGAAACAGAACAGCUGGGUGUUGAGAUAUUUGAAACUGCAGAGUGUGAGGAGGGAACUAUUGAAUCACAGGAUCGACCUAAACUGGAGCCCUUCUAUGUCGAAAGAUAUUCUUGGAGUCAGCUAAAAAAGCUGCUUGCUGAUACCAGAAAAUAUCAUGGCUACAUGAUGGCUAAGGCACCUCAUGAUUUUAUGUUUGUGAAGAGGACCGAUCCAGAUGGUCCUCACUCAGACAGGGUCUAUUAUCUUGCCAUGUCUGGUGAGAACAGAGAAAAUACACUAUUUUAUUCUGAAAUCCCUAAAACCAUCAACAGAGCAGCAGUCUUAAUGCUUUCCUGGAAGCCUCUUUUGGACCUUUUUCAGGCUACACUAGACUAUGGGAUGUAUUCUCGAGAGGAAGAGCUCCUUAGAGAAAGAAAGCGCAUCGGAACCGUGGGAAUCGCAGCCUACGAUUAUCACCCAGCAAGUGGAACAUUCUUGUUUCAAGCUGGUAGUGGAAUUUACCAUAUCAAAGAUGGAGGCCCACACGGGUUUACACAACAGCCUUUACGGCCCAAUUUAGUGGAAACUAGUUGUCCCAAUAUACGGAUGGAUCCCAAAUUAUGCCCUGCUGAUCCAGACUGGAUAGCUUUCAUUCACAGCAACGAUAUCUGGAUAUCGAACCUCGUAACCAGGGAAGAACGGAGGAUCACCUAUGUGCACAAUGAGCUAGCCAACAUGGAAGAGGAUCCCAGAUCAGCUGGAGUUGCUACCUUUGUUCUUCAAGAAGAAUUUGAUAGAUAUUCUGGCUACUGGUGGUGUCCACAAGCUGAAAGAACUCCUAGUGGUGGUAAAAUUCUUAGAAUACUCUAUGAAGAAAAUGAUGAAUCUGAGGUGGAAAUUAUUCAUGUUACAUCCCCCAUGUUGGAAACAAGAAGGGCAGAUUCAUUCCGUUAUCCUAAAACAGGCACAGCAAACCCAAAGGUCACUUUCAAGAUGUCAGAGAUACUUGUUGAUGCUGAAGGGGGGAUUAUAGAUGUCGUAGAUAAAGAGCUGGUUCAACCUUUUGAGAUUCUGUUUGAAGGAGUUGAAUAUAUUGCCAGAGCUGGAUGGACUCCAGAGGGAAAACAUGCCUGGUCCAUCCUACUAGAUCGUUCCCAGACUCACCUACAGAUAGUUCUGAUCUCUCCCGAGUUAUUCAUCCCAGUAGAAGAUGAUGCCAUGGACAGACAGAGACUCAUAGAGUCAGUGCCUGACUCUGUGACACCACUGAUCAUCUAUGAAGAAACAACAGACAUCUGGAUAAAUAUCCACGAUAUCUUUCAUGUUUUUCCUCAAACUCAUGAAGAUGAAAUAGAGUUUAUUUUUGCCUCUGAAUGCAAAACAGGUUUUCGCCAUCUGUAUAAAAUCGUAGCCAUUUUAAAGGAGAGCAAAUAUAAAAGAUCCAGCGGUGGACUGCCUGCCCCCAGUGAUUUCAAGUGUCCUAUCAAAGAAGAAAUAGCAAUUACCAGUGGUGAAUGGGAAGUUCUUGGCCGGCAUGGAUCUAAUAUCUGGGUUGAUGAAGUCAGAAAGCUGGUGUACUUUGAAGGUACCAAAGACUCUCCUUUGGAGCAUCACCUGUAUGUGACCAGUUAUACAAACCCUGGUGAAGUGGUGAGGCUCACUGACAGAGGCUACUCACACUCCUGCCGCCUCAGCCAGCAUUGUGACUUCUUCAUAAGUAAGUAUAGCAACCAGAAGAAUCCCCACUGCGUGUCCCUCUACAAACUCUCAAGUCCUGAAGAUGACCCAGUUCAUAAAACAAAGGAAUUUUGGGCCACCAUUUUGGAUUCAGCAGGUCCUCUUCCUGACUAUACCCCUCCAGAAAUUUUUUCUUUUGAAAGUACCACUGGAUUUACACUGUAUGGGAUGUUGUAUAAGCCUCAUGACCUACAACCUGGAAAGAAAUACCCCACUGUGCUCUUCAUAUAUGGUGGUCCCCAGGUGCAGCUGGUGAACAAUCGAUUUAAAGGAGUCAAGUAUUUCCGCCUGAACACCCUGGCCUCCCUGGGAUACGUGGUUGUGGUGAUAGACAACAGGGGAUCCUGUCACCGAGGGCUUAAAUUUGAAGGCGCCUUUAAAUAUAAAAUGGGCCAAAUAGAAAUUGAUGACCAAGUGGAGGGCCUCCAGUACCUGGCCUCUCAGUAUGACUUCAUUGACUUGGAUCGUGUGGGCAUCCACGGCUGGUCCUAUGGAGGCUACCUCUCCCUGAUGGCAUUAAUGCAGAGAUCGGACAUCUUCAGGGUUGCUAUUGCUGGGGCCCCAGUCACUUUGUGGAUCUUCUAUGAUACAGGAUACACAGAACGUUAUAUGGGUCACCCUGACCAGAAUGAACAGGGCUAUUACUUAGGAUCUGUGGCCAUGCAAGCGGAGAAGUUCCCCUCAGAACCAAACCGAUUACUCCUCUUACAUGGGUUCUUGGAUGAGAACGUUCAUUUUGCACACACCAGUAUAUUGCUGAGUUUUUUAGUGAGGGCUGGAAAGCCCUAUGACUUACAGAUAUAUCCUCAGGAGCGGCACAGCAUCAGAGUCCCUGAGUCCGGAGAACAUUACGAGCUGCACCUGUUGCACUACCUUCAGGAGAACCUUGGAUCGCGUAUUGCUGCUCUGAAAGUGACGGAACUCUGACUGUGUAGAACACGGUGCUCACUGUCUAACCAGACAAGGAGGGUUAGUCAGUAGAGAAGCCAGCGUUGAUGAUCCUGCUUUGGUACCUGCCACGUAAGACCUACUUCUGAAAGUAAAUUUGGUGCGUGCAGAAAUCUGCAGUUAAUGGACAGUAAUCUAAUACCUUAACCAUGCACGCAGAACUCAGUGAUGUUUUUCCAAGAGGUUCAGCAGUACCAUGAGGAUUCUGAAAGAAACAAGGCACCAGCGCCACAUAGUCACACUAGCCUAUUUUCACUUUACUAGCAGAAUAAGCCUCCUGGACUUCAUCAGUGGACUUUACAGUGUACUUCUGGGUUUGUUAAAAUAUGAUGAUAGCAGUGAUUGGUGCAGUUCCAGGAUCUCUGACUAGUUAUGGAUUCGAUAGCACUUGCGUCUAAUCGAGUAGCUUAUGCUUCAUCACUUGGGGUGUAUCCAGCAUGUCAUGACUAAUUACUAUUAAGCUUAUGACUUUCCCAGUCAUUAAUGAUUUUUCAAGGAUAAUUUAGUGACCUCCUAAAGAUACUUACUUGGGCUCUGACAAGUUUUUAACCAAUUUAAACAGCAUCUAGUAUAAAUAAUUCUCCUCUUUCUUUGAUAUGAUGGAGUGGGGUUUCCUUUCACGCAAAGACAAAGACUUUUAACAUGAGUCUCAUCACAAGCUUCACAAUCUCGGCAAUUACAGGCAAAACAUUUUCAAUCAAAUUAUUUGGGAGCUUUGAAAAUUAGCAGGCAAGUUUUUUUUCUCCUUUUAGGAACAGAAAAUGUAUAAUGCAUACAUUCAUUUGUCUUCUGAAAAUGUGAUGCUGCCCAUUUUCACUUGGCCUUUCCUUUACUAAAGUGGUCCAGAGUUUCCAGGAGGUAGAAGGGGUACGGGGGGAUGAGGAGACCCUGGUGCAGGGUGAUGGAGAAAGGAGGCAGCGAACCUCUGCUUAAGAACGGAGCAGAGACAGUUCAGCCGGAAUACUCAUGAGAAGCUGGGUCAGUGCAGCUCCGAGUGCCGGGACCACAGCCAGGGAGCUAGGCUUUGCCGGCACAGCUGCAGGGGCAGCAUUCCGAGGAGGACUUUUAUAAUCCCAGCCCUUGUUAUUUUUCCCUUCUGCUUUAGAAACCUUACAGAUCUAAAUCUUAACUUGUUUGUUUGGUUGGUUGGUUUUUCAAGAGAGAGUUUCUUUGUGUAGCCCUGGCUAUCUUAAAUUCACUCAGUAGAUCAGGCUCAGAGAUCCACCUGCCUCUGCCUCUUGAGUGCUGGGAUUAAAGGUGAGUGCCACCACUGCCCAGCUAACUUUUUUAUUUGAAUGUAAUUUAGAUAUCACUAUCUUAAAAUAGAAAGUUUCCAGACCACAUCUUCGCUGUAAGCUAAACCCUGACAAACCACGGCGCUCUCAGCAUUGAAAGCUACAGAUUUUUUACUCGGCCAUGACAUUCUCCUGGUUUAGGAACACACUGGCUUUCAAAUGCUGGUUGGUAUCUGCCCUUUAGGACCUUCCAGUAUUAGAUGGGUCCCAUUGGAGCCAGGCACCUAUGGGUUUGACCCUUUUUAAUCACAAACUCCAGUGUUUAGAAGUUACAGUAAUUUAAAAAUCACUCCAAGAAAACGUGCUGUAUUUCUUUCUCCCUGCCACUGCAGGCCCCUUCCCAAGAGCAAUCUACGGUAGUGAGGAUGGUAGCAGUCGGGUCAGGUGGGCGGCUCAGGAAGUCUGGGAAUGACAGGUGACCAUGGCCUUCUGUCCUCGGAAAGGGAGGGCUGGUAUCUGCUGGCUGUGUAUUUAUGUUGUAUGAUAGAGUCCCCAUUUUUUCUUAUUGUCUAUCUAUUUUGAUUUUCUUGCUUAUGACAUUUUCUCGUGCCAAAAUUUGUUUAUAUUUUUCAAAGUUAAAUUAAACUGAUUUGGGUAACUUUCCUUCCCCAACAAAGUA